AGAGUGAGUGUGCGACAGUGUUGCCUACGCGCGGCAAAGGCGAGAGAAGAUGGCGGACGGGAAGGGAGAGUCCCGAGCGGGGCUUAGUAACGGGGGGACGGUCCCCCCGGCUCCCUCCUCGCUGGAGCCUAGCCGCCUGCUAGAGACGCUGCAGGAGCUGGAGGACGGGCUGAGGGAGGAGGAGGUGUCGCUGCUGUCCUCCGCUGCUUACUGCAGGCGCCUGUGCGAGGUCUUACUGAAGUGCGCUGAAGAUCAUACAGCCUCUGAAAAUCUCAUACUUUACACAGAUGUGUACGGCACUGCUCUGAGAAGUUUUUCAAAUGCGCGGCCGUACCUGACCACGGAGUGUGAAGACGUUUUACUGCUCAUUGAAAGGCUUGUACUGAGCUGUUUUGAAGUAAUUCUUUCUAUGACUGAAGAUGACCUCUCAUGUGAUUUUGGGUUGAGAUUUAAAAAGUCUGUCAUGGAUUCCCAGGACAUAUUAUUGGAGUUUGGACAUAGCAAUUUGCAGUUGCUGGUUGAUAACCUCAAGCAUGGGGGUGCAUGGAAAAACCCAGUUCUUGUUAAAGUCCUGUCUCGGCAGACAGCAGAGCCUGAAGAAGUUUGUAAUUGGAUAUCACAAGAAGGCCCCUGUUUUCUACAGAUGCGCAUUAAGCAUUUAAUGAAGACAAACUGCAUAGAGCAAGCAAUGCUCCUAUCAAGAAUUGCCUCUGAAACGGCCGAGACUUCAAGCAAUUUCUUUUUCCGUCAGUCCUUUAUCACAUGCCUGUGUACAAUGCUGCCAAAUGAAGAAGCUUUUAAAGAGAUUUCAAAAAUGGAUGGAAAGGAUGUUUUGGAUACAAUCUGUAAUAUGGAAUCUGAAGGACAAGUUAAUGCUGCAUUUAUUCUAUGUACCACUUACCUUACACAGCAGCUACAAAAUGAAGAAACGUCAUUUUCCUGGGAGCUGACUUUGUUUUGGAGUAAACUGCAGCGAAGAAUUGAUCCAUCUCUGAAUACUUUUCUUGAAAGGUGUAGGCAGUUUGGUGCAAUUGCCAAAACGUGCCAGCACUUAUUCUUCCUUGUUAAAGUUGUACAUACAGAGGCCGGAGAUGAUGGGGUUCCCAUUUCCAUCAUGCUAUGUAUACGAGCACUUCAGAUUACAUCACCUGAGACGGAUGCAACCAAGUCUUCUGUGUGCAAAACUAUAGCAUGCCUCUUACCAGACGAUUUGGAGGUUAAACGGGCCUGUCAACUCACCGAAUUCUUAUUUGAACCAACAUCUGAAGGCUUAGAUGUAUUAGAAGAGCUGUUUCUUCAACCUGAUCAAAAACAUGUUGAAGAAUCAAGCGUUAUUUCCAACUCCCUUCGCUGUGAACUCUUGCUUGCACUAAAAAGUCAUUGGUCGUUUGAUCCUGAAUUCUGGGCCUGGAAAACCUUAAAAAGACAUUGCCUUAAACUUCUUGGUAUUGAAGUUUCAGAUUCUGAGGAUGACCACUAUGGAGACCCCUCUGUGAACGAGGCUGAUAUUAUAAAUGGCUCCCUGGCCAACUUUGAUCUACUGUUGGAACAAAAAGAUCCACAGGAAAAUGCUUCCUUUGAAACAGAGUGUGCUAAAGUGAAAAAGCCAAUUGGCUCGUCAGAAAGAUCUAAACGAUGGCAACAGUAUAAAUUUGUAUGUCUCCUCUGUAAAAGAGAAGUAAUUGAGGCAAGGAUUCUUCACCAUGCUAGAAUGCACUUUGAAGAUGGCAUCUAUACAUGCCCCGUGUGUGUGAAAAAGUUUAGAAAGAAGGAAGUGUUUGUUCCUCACGUAAUGGAGCACAUGAAGAUGCCCAUGAGACAUCGCCCUAAAAAGAAAAAUGAAACCUUUGAAGUUAAGUUGGAUGUUAAAUGUAAAGCCGAAACAGCCCCAACGGUCCCAACAGCCCUAACAGAUUACAUCACUUUUAGGACAAUACAAGAUAAAAAUCUGCAAGACAGAGAUGUCUAUCCAUGUCCUGGAACUGGAUGCUCCAAAGUUUUCAAGCAGUUUAAGUAUUUGAGUAUACACCUAAAAACGGAAGACCAUAACAAUGAUGAAAAUGUAAAGCAUUUCUUGGACUUGAAAAAUCUGAGGGAGAAAUGUGCUUUUUGUCGGAGACACUUUAUCUCGAGUUUUCACUUACAACAACACAUGAACCUUCACCUUGGACCUCUGCCAUUUAUGUGCAUAUCUAUAGACUGCAAUGAGAAAUUUAAAACUAUUAAUGAACUGCUUCACCACAAACAAAUCCAUGUGGACCCGCAGUAUAAAUGUGAACUAGAAGGAUGCCACCUGGUGUUCGGUGACUUGGGACUGCUUUACCAUCAUGAAGCUCAACAUUUUCGAGAAGCUGCAUACACGUGCACUUUUCCCUCCUGCAAAAAGUUUUAUUACUGCAGAUCUGAACUGCAGAGUCACAUUGCUACACAUGUCGCUUGCUCUGGUGAUGGCCUUGAAAAUAGGACUGAUAUAUUUAAAGACCUUAGAAAUGCAAACAAAAGGCCAUUUAGCGCAGAUUGCAAUUACGUACAUUUUCCUUCAGAUAAAAGGUUAGCAUCUGGUACAGGAAAAGAUUCUCCACCUGAAGAGCACGAGGAUAAAAAGUUAAAAUAUUCAAGUAAUGCAGAAAUAUGUGUAUAUCAUGGAUUAAAUUCAGAUUGCACUUGCAAAAAGCAGAACAAUGGGCAAGUUGGUGGUGAGAAACUUAAUAAGCCCAUGGUCAAGCGUAAGAGUGGCUCUGAGAAUCUUCUCAACCUUUUAACUAGAAGUGAAAGCCCAUGCAGUACAUCUGUUAAAGAGGAGCAAGAGAAAACAAAAGAAGUGUCAGAAACAUUGUAUAACCUUACAGACCCCGAGACCCAUAGCGGGCAUGAAGAAAUUCCUUCAUCCGAUAGCUGUCAAAGCUCUGCUACUUCUGAGGACUCUUUGUAUGAACUUCUCACAAGUUUGAAACAGCUGAAUCUUGCAGCAUCCAAUUCCACCAUAUCAGGCGCUUCUCCCCAAGGUCACGAAAUGGUAGCCAGUUGUUCUAACAAUUUUUCAAGGACUCAAAAAGGCAAAAACCUGGAGCAAGAGAAGGGAUUAAACCAGUAUUUAUCUCGCUUAUCAGCCAAACCGUUUGCUUGUGAGCUUAUAGGUUGCAGAUCUGCUUUUGUUACAAAAACUGCUCUAUUAUUACAUUACUGUAAAAAACAUCAGUAUACCAAGGAUAACGCUCUGAAGUUUAGAAUGUUCCAAAAGAAAUUUUCUCCUUUUGAGUGCCAUAUCUGCCAGAGACAUUUUACGAGACGAACCCUACUUCGAAUUCAUUAUAAAAAGGAACAUCAAAUAAGCAAAGAAAAAACAAAAAGGUCAGGUCCUGGGAGGCUUAAUAACAAGCUUAAAAGCCAUAUUCUAAGUCAAAGACGUGAAAUGUGCUGGAAAAAAUUCCACGUAAGUGAAUCUAGCAGUAGUGUGAAGAGAAUAUCUUCACCCCAGGACGAUAUUAAUUCUGAGACUUUUGGUGAUUCGUCUGAUGAAACGGAUGCUGCUAAUGUGAUCGGUGCACCAAGAGAAGACGAUUUUGCAGCAGAAGGAAGAGGCAGCAGGCGAGUGGUAGCUAAAGGGAAGUUGUGCUACAUUUUAAAUAAGUAUCACAAGCCUUUUCACUGCAUUCACGAAUCAUGCAAUUCUUCUUUUACCAGUCAGCAGGGCUUAGUCCGCCAUUAUCAGCUUGUACAUCAAUAUACCAGGGAGUCUUUAUGUUUGGAAAAAGAAAAGGCUCAAAAGAAAGAAAAUGACAAAUGCAGAAAGAUAUGUACUUGUAAAUACAAAGAAUGUCGAAAAAGUUUUACGUGUCCUCAAGCCCUGACUAAACAUUACAAAGAAUUUCAUGAACAGGGGGACAGUGACGAGCAGGAAUUUGCUGACUUUGAGGCUGAAAACCACUUAAAAAGCGAGACAGAGGAAAGUGACGUCAGUGAAAGCGAGGCGUCUGAGAUUUACUGUGAUGUGGCAGGCUGCACUGCCGUCUUUCGAGAUCAUACGAAUUACACCAAACAUGUUUUGUCCCGCCACACGUACAAGUACAAACUGUAUGAAAGCAGGCGGAGGCGGAAAAAAAAGGAGGAGGAGUUAGAUGAAACUUAUGGUGAACCAAAACGUUGCAAUCGUUUGAUUUAUAAGAAGAAGAAAAAGAAGAUAAAGCGUAGAUAUCGGGAGUCAAAAGGCGAGAAGGUUUACUAUAAGUCCAGAGACGAAGCAUUGCAAAUGUGUGCCCAAAAUAUUGAAUUUACACAGUUUCCAUGUAUGCUUCAUGGCUGCUCAUCGGUAGUAAAACUAGAAAGUAGCAUUGUACGACAUUACAAACUCACGCAUACCCUGAGCGCUACAUAUGUUAGCGAUCAUCUUUCAGAGUUGGUAUAUUGUGUGAAGAACCUUCCAAAGGGAAAACGGCAGUCCGUUUCAGGUGAGGAGGAACCUAGUCCUAGAUUGACUUUGCGCAGUGAUAAUCACAGCGCUGCCAAUGGACAGCAUGAGUCUUUGAGGAACUCAAACGGUGAUCUAAGAAGAAAUGGUCCCGUGGAAAUAUCAAAUUUUAAGGAGUCUGACAUUAGACGUUUCCAUAAACCUGAAGACAGAUUUGUCAAUUCUAACGAAAAAGAAAAUGUAUCUUGUACAGGUUUUGAAACGGGACGCAAAGGAAGUACUCUGCGGCAACCUGUAGGGUCUGUCGCCCUCUCCCCUAGUAAAGACAAUCGCCAAGAACAAAUACAGAUAGCAAUUGGACUUAAGAACUUUAAGCCAAUGGGGUUUGAAUCCUCUUUCCUUAAGUUUUUGCAGGAGAGUAAAGACACAGAUGAUGAAUUUGAGGAUGAAGAAUUUGAGUGGGAGUACCCACAAAAACGAUCCUGUAAAGAUCGAAAUGACCAACAAAUAUGCCUGUCCCUGGGCGAGAGUGCAGCAUCCGAACUCACGUUACAAAAUUUAAGGACUAUGUUGGACAAAGCUUUGUCAGACUGUGGUGACCUGGCGUUAAAACAACUCCACCAGCUUUACCAAAGGCCUGUGGUUGUUCUGGAGCGCUCGAACUUUACAUCACCUCUAAUAGAUCUGUUUUCCAAUAAAAAAACUGAUGAACUGUAUGUGGGGAUUUCAUGAUGUUUACCUCCUCCCCCCCCCCCCCCCCCCCCCUAAAAUAUUGCCAGUAUUAAUUUUGAGAGAA